AUGAUAUCUAAAACGGUGAUCCUAUUUUAUUUGGCAACAAUUUUAGCUGAACCUGACGGUACAAUAGUUCAAUUGGAAAAGGGUAAAAUCCAGGGGAUUAUUCGAAAAAGUGAGAAUGGAAACGAUUAUUACGCCUUUCAAGAGAUUCCUUUUGCUGCUCCUCCUGUGGGAUCCAAAAGAUUUCAGCUACCUCAAGAACCUGAACCAUGGGAAGGCAUCUUGAACACAACAAAAAAUACUAAAAUUUGUAUACAAACAAAUUCUAGACAUGAUUAUCUUGAAAAGAGUGAAGACUGUUUGUACAUAAAUGUAUAUUCACCUGUCGUACCUGGUAGCCAAAAUAAUCUACUUCCUGUUUUACUUUGGAUUCAUGGUGGAGGAUAUUUUGCUGAAUCAGGAAUUUAUGAAUAUUACGGACCAAAAUAUAUUAUCGAUCAAGGAGUUGUAGUUGUUAGUUUUAAUUAUCGUUUAGGUGCAUUUGGUUUUGUAGGAACUGACGAUGGUACUAUUCCCCUUAAUCUUGGUUUAAAAGAUCAAAGACUUGCCAUAGAAUGGGUUAAUAAAAAUAUUGAAUUAUUUGGAGGAAACCCAAAUCAAGUUGUUUUAGUAGGAGAAAGUGCUGGUUCGAUAUCAGUGGGAUAUCAUAUUUUAAGUCAAAAACCCAAUGAAAACCUAUUCCAUGCAGCGAUAAUGCAAAGUGGAUCACCUGUUUCUGGAAUACUCAAACAAAAUAAUCCUAAUACUGUAGCGUUUAAUCUCGGAAAACUAGUUGAUAAGAGUUUUUCAUCGAAUAGUACUUUAGAACUAUUAAAUUUGUUGCAAAAUGCUGAUGCUAAUGACAUAUUAGCGACUGGAAUAUUUGGCGGUGUUGCUGUAGAAAAGGAAGGUUUAUUUUCUUCUCUUGGUUACCAAGCUUUUCAAGAUAAGAAAUAUAAAAAAAUUCCAGUUCUAAUUGGAAUUAAUUCCGAAGAAGGAAUUGUAUUUUCUUUACCUAAGAAUGAAACCAAGAUGAAACAAAUUGAUGCUGAUCCAACUCAAUUAAUAUCAUACGGGGUUAACAUCCCCCCCAAAUCCAAACAGGAUGUUGGAUUGUUAUACAAGCAAUUAUAUGUUGGCAAUAGUUCAUUUGAAAGAGAUUUUGGUGGAUACAUAAAGUAUUUAAGCGAUAAUUUUUUUACAACAGGCGUAACCAAGCAAGUAGAAUUAAGUUGUACAGAUGCUCCAUAUUAUUUUUAUGAGUUUGCAUAUAAGGGAGAACUAGGACAGCAAACGACAUAUAUGCCAAACGUUCCAGACGAUGUUGAAAAAGUAUCACAUGCUGAAGAUUUACAUUACAUGUGGGACGACACUACUAACAGUGAUCUAAGUCAGUAUCCAGAAGAAGAUGGAUUAAUGUUACAUAGAUAUGUCAAACUGUGGACAAAUUUUGUUAAAUACUUCAACCCAACUCCCGAACCAGAUCCGCUUCUCGGUAACAUUACCUGGCUUAUGACCGAACCUAAUAAUCUGAGAUAUUUGGACAUCAACGUUACACUUGAAAUGCGUGAUCAUCCAAGGCAAUACCAACAGGUCAAAGAAAUUUUAGAAGAAUACAUGCAACCUCCAUUUGACAGUUAUUCGUAA